AUGGGAUGGGAUAUACCCUCAAACACUUCUGUAUCGUACUCUAAUUGGGCUAUGGGCAAAACCUUCAAUGUCGAUGACAUCGUAGGUAAUUUCGUGACAAACGAGCACGACGUCGUCCGAGUGCCGAAAGCCUCUUACGAUGUGCGCACCCGUAAUAAUGCAGUGGGUGAUGUUAUCGCCGCCGGCAACCACCACUACAUCUGCACCCUGGGCCGCUACUGCCAAUUCGGUCCGAAACUAACCGUUACAGUACUAGACUCGUCUGCUGGUGGCGGCGCAAAUCCACCGGCGACCACCCCCUCGCCGGCAACUCCUCAGCCGGAUGCUGGUGCACCAACCACCAAUGCUGAAUGCCCCACCCCAGCCACCAUGGCCCCACGUGCUGGCCCACCUCCUCCUGAUUCUGCCUCAGCUUCUUUAACUGCCAGAUUCUUGUUUCUCUUGUAA